GGCCGCACCGGUAGGAAGUUUAUUUCCGAAGUCCCCCAGAGUAACCGGGGGUGGAAGGAAAAGUUUGUUUUCAUCGAGUUUCCCCCUUUCGUCACUCCCCUGGCCGGUCUUAAAUGGAACGACCAUCUGCUUAAUCAAGAGUACGCUGCACCGGCCUCCGCUCCUGACUUGGAAGCGAGUCUCGAGGUCCUCAUGCGCGGAGAUCCUUUCACCGGGAGGGUUUUUCAUUACGGCAGCUGGGUUUGGAGGGUCGAGUCGGGUGGUGAGGGUACCUCCCAGGCCCAUGAAGCAGCGGGGCGCGGGGUACCCUCCCCGGGCAACACUGCAGAGGCCGAGGGCCGGAACCACCCAGAUAUGGAGUUCGAGGAGUAUGCCAUGCCCGAAGAUAAGCCAAAAGGAGAGACCGGUGGUUCUCAGACCGGUACUGCCAAGACUUUCACGGUCCAACCCGAGACCGUGGAAGUUCAUGAUUUGGACGACGAUGAGCCCCACCCCGACCGGUCAAAGGGGACGGGCAAGGAAAAGACCGGUCGUCGUCAGAAGAAGGUGGCCACAACCCACCCCUCUUAUGCCAAGAAGAGGGCGAGGUCGGAAUCUGAGCCGGCCUCCCAGACCAUUGAAGAGGCCUUUGUCAACCUGGGCCUGAGGCUGAAAGAGAAAGGGGAGAUCGGGCCCUAUGCAGUUGAGCAGCUGGGGAUGGGGUCUCCUUCGGAGGUUGCCCGGCUGAAGAAAGAGAACGAAGAAGGGAAUCGAUAUCGUUUUAUCGACCGGUAUAUCGUUUUAGCCCGGCUAAAACGAUAAACUAGUCUAAAAAAUACACCAAAAUAUAAACACGGGAAUUUUUACGUGGAAACCCAAAUCGGGAGAAAAUCACGGGCCUUUUUUGGCGGUGCCUUGCCAACGGGGGAUUUUUAUUAAUAUCGGGGGUGUGUACAUGGUACAAGAGUUGGGCUCGGAAGCCAUUAAUGGUAGAGCUAGAAGCUCUUGAAGAAGAAGAAAAUAUGCUAUCUAGAGAGAGAAAGAGUGAAUGGCAGGGGAGAGUGUAAAUUUGGCCUCCCUUAACACUGAGGGAGAGCCCUCCUUUUAUAGGAAUAGCUGGAGCAUCUUUGGAGGAAUAUUCUUUUAUUCCUCUAUUUUAUUAAACACGCCCGGUUUGACUAUUUUUCGUAAAAUAAUUGGGAAAUGUGGGCCGAGCCACGUAUUAUUUCCCAUCAAUAAGUCCUCCACUUUUUUAAGUUGUGAGAAUCAUCAACUUGAAAAAGUAAACAAGUCCUCCGAGUGCUAUCUUCGAUCUUCGUACUUUGGAUUCUUGACCGGUUGAUAUUGUUGCUAGUCCUCCGAGUCUUCAUUAGUUCUCCAAUU